GGUGGGACAUCUGUACUGAUUCUACAUAGGACUGAAGAUCAAAUAUGUCGCGUAGUUGGAAGUUGACAUAGGCUAAAGAUGUGAGGUCCGAUUGACUACCUAACUAUGUCUUGUCCGGCUCUGGCACGAUAGAUAAAUGAGAUGGCUAGCUAUUUCAUAUAGGAAAUUUAGUUGGUAUUGGUUGAUACGAUGUGUCCAGGCUGUUAGUAUAGUCCUAGAAGCUACCUACUUAGGUACCUAGCUAUGAGCAUUUGUUUGUUUACCUAGAUGUAUACUUAGAAAUGUUUACUGUAUAAAAGAAGACAUUGAACGCUAAAGUUUCAACAAUACUUGUUUUAAGAUGAGGUUUAUACAGGUGGGAGGUACCUAAAUUAGAGUUGGAGUUCCGUACCAUCAAGGCGGUAGGAGGUUAUAAUCGGGGGAACUACGGAUAAGCGAGACCGCUAUAGCCCCGCCAGUGCGGACCUAACUAACCUUAAGAGGUACCUACCUAGGUACCUAGAGGCACUCCGGACUUCCAUACCUAAUUUAAGUUAGGUUAGGUACCUUUUAUUUUUCUCGGAAAUCAGAAAUCAAAUGUCAAAUUUGGUGACGCAUCUUCAAUCCAUUUUUUUGAAAACUUCAGUAACAUAACAUAAUAUAACAUAGAAUUACAUUACAUUACAUUGUCACCAUAUAAUAAACCACAACAACCAAACAUGGCUCGACCAAGGAGGCGCGAUAUGCGCGCGGCUGCGGAGACGUCGAUAACCCCUCCGGACAAACUCACGCAGACGCAGUCGCUCGCCAGGGUGAUAAAAGCCGAGGGCAACAAUCUCUACACCUGCCUUCUACCGGACCAGCGCACCCUCCUUUUCGAACUGGAUGCUCGCUUCCGCAAUGCCGUCUGGAUCAAGCGUGGUGGAUAUGUCCUCGUGGAGCUUGCGCCUCAGGAGCAAAAGGGCAAAGUAAGGGGCGAGAUUGUGAACGUCGUAGUCGAGGAGAAGGAGUGGCGCAAACAGAGCUAUUGGCCUAAGGAAUUCCCCCGACCUAUCUACGGCGACGAGGACGAUGAGGACGACGACGAAGAGUCGACUGUAGGCAAGAUGCCGCCGUCAGGCUCGGAAGAUGAAGAAUAACUGCGUAUCGUCUAGUCCGUAGUCCGACUAGACUAGAC